AUGAAAUUCCUUCUCCGAGAUGGAGAACUUAUCGAAAUCGCAUAUCUGGCUCGCAGCUGCAGCCAUCCUGGCGACUGCGGGGUGUGUGCUGGCGCUGGUGUCGGCAAUAGGAAGCCGUUCACCCCAACCGAUUCGAUCCUGGAUAUUAUUGAUACUGAACAAGUGCAGCGGUUCCUCGCGGAAAGACAGCGAGCGGAACAGGCCACUGCAUCGUCAUCUACGUCUUUUGUGCAAAGAAACGAACUCGGUGAUGGCAGUUCUGAGACGGGUAUGGUGGUGUCUCUGCCUGAGCAGGAAGAUACUACGGAAUUACCUCCGGGAGUCGAAUUCAGAAAAAUAUAAAAUCAUCAAAGAAUGCUUUGGUCGUUACUAAGAAAGAUUAUCUCAAGGAAGAUUGGUGUAAAACCGAACCUCUGGUUCAGAAAAUCCGAGAACCGGGUUGUCUGCCCACAACAGUGAUAAACAAAUUCUGCUACGGACAGUGCAACUCGUUUUACAUACCGAAGGGCCCGCGGCGACGCGACAACAACGCUGACCGGCCACAGCCAGCCUUCAAAUCAUGUUCGUUUUGUAGGCCUAAGAAGUUUACUUGGGUGACAGUGACUCUGCGUUGUCCCGGUCAGAACCCACCAUUUAGACGCAAGCGGUUACAGAAGGUCAAACAGUGCAAGUGUUUACCAGUCGGGGUGAAUUGACGUUAGUAGUGAGACGGACCUGCAGUAACAGAGGCGGCACGACCGCCUGCUUGCGACGCACUAGUGCGCACGGGACGCCUGGCUGUCCAGGGUGACGCCAGACGCCGGGAGCACCGACAGGCUCGGGUGCUCUACAUCGACAUCGUUACCGUUGAUUGUUUCGAUCACGUUCCAGUGUAUAGACUGUGUAUGAACUGGUCAAAUAAAUUGAGAUGCCGUGCUCUCAUACGUCAAUGCGGAUGACGUAAUGUGAUGCAUAGAUUAGAUGCCUAUUUAGAGUUACAUUGUAAUAGAGCGGCUUCGACUGCAAGUCGUCGAGCAAAAGCUUUAAUUGUUCGUAGCGAAACUAAUUAGCUAGUGAGUUAGAAUAGCGGUGGCCUUCCAAUCGAUUAAGGAUUUCUUUUGGUACAAAACUUGUGAAUUAUUUCCGUUUAUUGAAAAGUGAUUAUUCUGUGUCUAAGUUGUGUUAUUUAUGUCAACAGAAUAAUGUGUGAUACUAGUUUAUAGUUUGACAGUUAAUUGUGUUUCUUUGCGCGUUUCGGUGAGUCACGAAAUUGUAACGAGAUUUAAGAGUAGCGACUUAAUCCGCGUUACAUUGUCGUGUGUUAUUUAUUUAUUGUGUAACGUUAUAAUGUAUUGUAGCUAAAACAGAAUACGCUUAUAAGUUGAUAAUUUACUGUUGAUCGUAGUUUCAUCUUGUUAUCUCGCAAUAAAUAUGAGUAGGUAGUGGUAUACGAUAUGUAUUUAAAUAUAUUUCAAUGCAGUAUAAAGUAACGUUAGGUUUUAUGAUAAUUCGAAACAAAAUUAUGAUCUCUGUUUGCUCUCAAGAAGUUAUGCAUUUGUUUGUAUGUAUAUCUGUUAACAUAAUAUAUACAUUUAUAUGAUCUGGGACUGUGUAUUUGUGUACCCACGUAAUGCAGGAUAUUAUGAUUAUGUACUUACUAUCUUAGAUGUUGUAAUAUUACGUAGAGGUUAUUAAGCCGAGUAUUUAUAACUAAACAUGUCACGUACUUGAGACAUCUAGUAUUGUUGAAGUUGC